CGGUUUUUAAUCGAGAUUACUCACGGAGACAGAGGAGGAGAGCUCAGUCAGAGUGCAUUUAUAGACUGCAGUUUCUGUUUCCUUUUACACUAAACUGUGACUCUGUGAUGUGCACACGUUUGGCUAUUACGGUAAAGAAAUCAUUCUUGAAGAAAAUCUGAAUUUAGGACAUUUAAUCUGGAGACAAACAUGUCAACAGCUGGUCAGGUUAUUAAAUGCAAGGCAGCUGUUGCACGGCAGCCUGGGAAGCCCCUGACCAUUGAGGAUGUGGAGGUUGCUCCACCGAAGGCAAAUGAAGUCAGAAUAAAGGUUGUUGCCACAGGUGUGUGCCGCUCAGACUGGGAACACCUGUAUGAGACGGAGAAGGGGGUGAGGUUCAGACCUUUCCCGCUGGUGCUCGGCCACGAAGCAGCAGGGAUCGUGGAGAGCAUCGGGCCAGGAGUGACCGCCUUCUCUCCGGGGGAUCAAGUUAUUCCUCUUUUCCUGCCACAGUGUCAGGAAUGUGAUCGAUGUCAGAGUCUUAAAACAAACCACUGCAGGAAGAACUGGGCAAACACUCAAGCCGGUGUAAUGGCAGACGGCACGAGCAGGAUAAGUUGCCAGGAUCAACAGGUGUUUCAGUUUCUAGGAGUCAGUUCGUUCUCUCAGUACACUGUAGUCCCUGAUAGCUCGCUCACAAAGAUAAGAAGUGAUGCACCGCUGGAUAAGGUGUGUCUGCUCGGCUGUGGCGUCUCCACGGGUUACGGUGCUGCUCUUAAAACCGGCAAGGUGGAGAAAGAUUCCACGUGUGCCGUGUUUGGGCUCGGCACUGUUGGACUGGCCGCCGUCAUGGGCUGCAAGGCUGCGGGGGCGAGAAGAAUCAUCGGGAUUGACAUCAACCCCGCCAAGUUUGAGAAAGCCGUGACGCUCGGAGCGACUGACUGCGUCAACCCCACAGAUCAUAAUAAACCCAUCCAGGAGGUGGUGCUGGAGAUGACCAUGGGAGGGGUGGACUUUGCUCUGGAGUGUCAUGGAAGUCCAUCUGUCAUGACCGCAGCUCUUGAGUCUACAGCAGAUGCGUGGGGUCUGUGUGUCAUCGCUGGCUGGAAUGAGACAGAAACGAUGAGCGUCAAGGUGGAAAAGAUCCUGAUGGGACGCACCUUGAAGGGGACUUAUUUUGGAGGUUGGAAGAGUGUGCAGGAUGUACCUAAACUAGUGGACGAGUACAUGGCCAACAAGCUGCAGCUGGACGAGUUUAUCACACACAAACUCCCACUCAAUCAAAUCAAUAAGGCCUUUGACCUGUUGAGCAGCGGGAACAGCAUCUGCACUGUGAUCAGCCUGUGGUGAAGGAAGAGUCUCCCCUUAAAGUAUCAUGUGUUUGUAAUUAAAUUAUGCAUAAAACUCUGUAGGGUUUUUAGUCUGGACAUUUUUCAAAGAGCACCUGGCUGCAGGCUCAGCGGACCUCCAUAAGCACAUA